AUGCUGCCGUCCGUCAGCCUCCGUCUCUCCCGACGCACCCUGCCCUUGAAGAAUUUCAUCUAUAGUCAACAUAGCCAUGGAUACUUAUCGACCCUCAACACCAAAGUCGGAAUUUUAAUCACCCGGAAUCCUCAAAUUCGUCCCUCUUCUACUUCGAUUCCUCAGACAUCAACCUCAACAAUCCACUCAACGGCAGUUCGGUCUCUCGAUCUCAAUGUGAAGACCCCUAACCCGGCAACCCAUUACAUUCCACCCCAGACCGGUCUGAUCGCCUCAUUGCCCUCGUCAUGGAUCCCAUAUGCCGAAUUAGCCCGCCUGGAUAAACCCACAGGCACAUACUAUCUAUUCUUCCCGACUCUUUUCUCAACUCUCAUGGCCGCGCCUAUGGCAGCCAAUGUCACUCCGAUGCAGGUGCUCGGCACGGCCGGACUUUUUUUCGCCGGAGCUUUGAUCAUGCGUGGCGCCGGGUGCGCCAUUAAUGACCUGUGGGAUCGAAACCUCGACCCACAUGUAGAACGUACCAAGUUCCGUCCUAUCGCCAGAGGGGCAGUUUCCGCGCCCAAGGCUGUUCUCUUUACAGGCAGCCAAUUGUUGGCCGGACUGGGAGUACUUGUUCAAUUUCCGAUCCAGUGCUUCUGGUAUGCGAUACCCAGCUUGCCCAUUGUUGUGGCAUAUCCCUUGGCUAAACGAGUCACCAACUACCCCCAGGUGGUGCUGGGUUUCGCCUUCUCGUGGGGAGCAAUUAUGGGCUUUCCGGCUCUGGGUGUAGAUCUAUUGGUCAACCAUGAUGCUCUCCUGGCCGCAGGGGCCCUUUAUUCUAGUUGUAUUGCAUGGACGGUUCUUUACGAUAUGAUAUACGCGCACAUGGACAUCAAAGACGAUGUGGCUGCGGGAAUCAAAUCAAUCGCUCUGCGCCAUGAACAUAAUACCAAGGCCGUCUUAACGGGUUUGGCAGCGACCCAGGUGGCCCUUCUAGGUGCGGCAGGGGUCGCCGCAGGCUGUGGUCCAGUCUUCUUUGUUGGCAGCUGUGGCGGUGCCCUUCUUUCUCUGGGCCUGAUGAUCUGGAAAGUUCAGCUGAAGAGUGUCUCAAAUUGCUGGUGGUGGUUCAAAAACGGGUGUUUAUUGACCGGUGGAGGGAUCACGGUGGGCCUCCUCGGCGAAUAUGCCGCUCAACGUCUGGGUUUGUACGAUAGAACUGAACAAUCCGGGUCCGAGUCGACACAAUGA